ACAAAAAAAAAAAAAACACUCGCCCGCCCAGCGUUGGAAUCGGCUGGGCCCAAGCUCGACUCCUCCGCCUGUGUCAAUUCCCGAACGAAGCAGAAGUAAUUGAGGACCCGCCGCCCGGCUCCCUGGACCUGCACCCCUGGUCCCCUGGUCCCCUGGCCCUGCACCCUUUUUCUAAUCAUCCCAAAAAAUCGUCAGGAGCUUUCCUGGGGUGCUCUGGUCCAUCUCCCUCGCUCUUUUGAUCGGCCCCAUCUCCAGUCGUUCUUUUCGUCCCCCUUUUCGGGAAAUCCAAGCCACAUACGCACGCCGCUGGAUCCCUGACCUGAAGCCAUUCUUUUCCCUCGUCCUCCCUCUUCAACGGGAGACGGCCCUCCUGCAGCCUGUUUGGAACCUCUCCCUUCUCACCGCGUUUUUGCCCCUAAUCCCGCCGCGGCCCUGCAACCAGCCAGUCCACCUGAAUGCCCCCGUAACCGCUGCAAGCUCUUUCGACAAGAGCUUCUUCACACCAGACGGCUCAGGUCAGUUUGUGUUGGCGCGGCUCCUGACCAGGACUGCCCACGCUGACCAGCUGCCGCAGGACGGAGGCUCUGUUUGUUGCAGAGCGAGAAAGGGAGCGUCGACCACCCGCGGCAGUCCCGUCACCCACACCACAGACAUGACGGUCGCACACGAUCUCGGCCACCGGUCGUCCUCGACCCAUCCCCCAGCAAACAUGUUGGCCCUCGAGGACAGGUUCGAGGUGCUCAAGGAGAUUGGAGAUGGAAGCUUCGGAAGCGUGGCUCUGGCUCGCGUCCGCACAGCAGGAUCCAGCGUUGCUAAAAGGGGCACUGUGGUUGCCAUCAAGACGAUGAAGAAGACUUUCGAGUCUUUUACACCCUGCCUGGAGCUCCGCGAAGUCGUGUUCCUGAGGACCCUGCCCGCUCACGCCCAUCUCGUGCCGGCCCUCGACAUCUUCCUGGACCCCUUCAGCAAGAAGCUGCACAUCGCCAUGGAAUACAUGGAGGGAAACCUCUACCAACUGAUGAAGGCUAGGGAACACAAGUGCCUGGAUAACUCUAGCGUCAAAAGCAUUCUAUUUCAGAUUAUGCAGGGUCUGGAGCACAUCCACGCCCACAGCUUUUUCCACCGCGACAUCAAGCCCGAAAACAUCCUGGUCUCGACAAACGGCCACCAGGAAUCCAACAACUCAUUCAGGCGAUACUCCUCCCUGGUCAACGGCGCCUCGUCUCAGGCAUACACCGUCAAGAUUGCCGAUUUUGGCCUGGCCAGGGAAACCCACUCGAAGCUUCCGUACACGACCUACGUUUCGACAAGAUGGUACAGGGCACCCGAGGUGCUCCUGAGGGCCGGCGAAUACUCGGCCCCGGUCGACAUUUGGGCCGUCGGCGCCAUGGCCGUCGAGGUGGCCACGCUCAAGCCGCUGUUUCCCGGCGGUAACGAGGUCGAUCAGGUGUGGAGGGUGUGCGAGAUCAUGGGCAGCCCAGGAAACUGGUACAACAAGUCUGGUGCGAGGGUAGGUGGUGGUGACUGGAGGGAGGGAACACGGUUGGCUGGAAAGCUCGGUUUCUCGUUCCCCAAGAUGGCACCCCACGCCAUGGACACAAUCCUGCAGUCGCCCCAAUGGCCUGCCUCGCUGAGCCACUUUGUGACUUGGUGUCUCAUGUGGGAUCCCAAGGCCAGGCCGACCUCGACCCAGGCCAUUGCCCACGAGUACUUCAACGACGCUGUCGAUCCCCUCAGGCCCAAGUCGUCGGCAUCCAGGAUACUGGGCCGCAAGCACUCGGACCUUCGCUCAGGGUCCAAGGACUCUGCCUCAUCCACCCCCACAUCUUCGAAGCCAUCGUGGUUUAGGAAAUCCCUCAUCGGCCGCAGCGAGAACAACGACAGCACUCCUCCACCGCCCGUUGCAAAGGACGUCUCGCCAAGACCGUCCCCGCCCGUCCCCGCCACGUCCGAGAUCUCGAACCCGAAGUCGAAGCCCGCCCAGUCCAAGCGGACCACAUGGACCAACGGGCCCUCCAACGUCGCGCCGAUGCCUAUCCUCCCGUCCAUCAAGCCGAUAUCGCCUGUUUCUGACCAGGCCACGGCUCAGGCCAAAACCCCCUCGUACAACGAUUCAUACGCCAAUGGAGCCACUCAGCGUGGUAGCGAGAAGGCUUCCAAGAAGAUCGGCCGUCAGCUUUCGGUCGCGUCGAGCACCAACAACUACGCCGAGAUUCACAGGCAACAGGCCGAAAGGGCUCUCAACGGGAACGGUGGUCUUUCGUCACCCCCGAGUGCCCACAAGGAGAGCUUUUUCUCGCACCUGCGGAAGAGGGCUCGCCGCUUCUCGGGAAGGCACCAGACCCCAAUGUCGCCCAGCUCCGACGACGUCGAGGCCCAGGCCGGAUGCGGACCUUGGAGCAGCAACCGCUCCUCCAUGGUCAUCGAUCAGCCGACACCCGUCGGGAAGGAUGGCGUGUACGAGGCCCACCACGCUUCAGAGGCCCUUCUCCCGCCCGCAGUACCUGUUCACAACCUAAAUGCGAGUACCAGCACUCUCAAGAGGCACCAUUCCCUCCCCCACCACCAGCCGAGGUCUGUCGACAAUUUGAUGGCGACCAACCGCAGCGGUCCUGGUGGGCCCGUCUCGAGCCGGACAAGGAGGGCGCAGGCUGUCCAAGGCGUUCAUCAGUACGACGCACCCGACGAGGAAGACGAGCUUCUGGACGAGGUGCUGAACUCGACCCACAAGGCUAUGAACCGCCUCGACAAGGACCCCAAACCUCUGGGCCGGUCGACCAGCACAGUGGCCGUUUCAAUAACUAACCCUUACCCGACCCCAUCGCCCUCGGCGAACGGUAACUCGGUCCUGUUCGGCGACGGACAGGAGGCCGUAACUCCCAAGCCGCUGAAUCUGAGCAAGAAGCCGGCGGCCGAGCACAAGUGGCCCACGCCGCCAUACGAGGAGAGCGAGUGGGCUGCAUCAGCGUCGGCCAGCAUAUGGGCUGCCAGCAAUCGGUUCUAGAAGAACAAACACAAUUGCUCGUGGCUGGACUGUUCUCACCCGAAUCAGUAUCAUUCGUUAUAUCUCAUCAGCAACAUUUCAUUCCAUCACACUGGCGCGACAUCAGCUUUCUCGUUCGACCACAGGUUUUUAUCUUUACAACAUGGGACGGUGUUUCGGCGUUGAAGCACGCUUGUUUCUUUGCGUCUCUAUGGGUGGGCUGGACAAUUGCAUUCAUUCAUCGCUUUUUUUUCUCAGCCGUUGUCGUGGAAUCUUUUUCUAUUCACCCUUCCCGAUAACUGUGUCUUCUUCCACCCUUUGGCACUUGCCACUUUCUCUCUUCUUCAUGACAGGACCGGUGUCCCACUGCUGACCCGUCAUCACAUGCAUGGUGACUUGUCUUGGUUUGAUUCUCAGCGCAUCUUUCACCAAGGGAACGACAGAAAAAUGCCGCGUCAUUGUAAUGCGCUGACGAGAGGGGUUUUUUUUUCUUCGAGGGGGCAUUUGCUUUUUGACAGGCCCUGCGACGUCCCAAGCGUCUUGUUUCAUUUCCGUCCCGUUCUCUAUCUACAUCCAAUGUCUACUCAAUCGCCUGGACUCGUUACUGUCUGCUAGCUUUGUCUUUUUCCGUUUGUCCGAUUUUGCUUCGAAAAAAAAAAUACCCAUAUAGAUUGUACGGCUGGCCACACCCCCCUUUUUUGAAAUAAAGAAGCGGAGGCCAGAUUACCGGGGCAUUCAUAUCCCCCAGAUAUAUGCACUGUUCUUUUUCUAUCUUGAGCUUUCUUUUCUCAUUUGUCACAUCUCUUCGCCUCCUUUUCACCAUUUCCCUCAUGUCAAGACCUAUAGCAGGCAAACCUGGUGAUAGAAGGGGGUCGUAUUGGGAACAAGGGAUAGGGGGUCUUGCCGGUCACCUCGAUCCUCUUCUCUGGCCCAAUCACGCCUUUGGUUGAUCUCAACUCGGACAGACUCUCUCCACAUCCUUCCUCCCCCUCUCCCAUCCCCUCACUUGUCCCAGGGUAUGGCCUGUUAUCCCUGAGUUCCCAACCGUCCCCCCCCCUCGCCAUCCCGGGUUGUCCGUUGGUAGGGUCGUCAUGACUUUCGGGUGGUUGGUGUCCCCUUGCUUCUGCUCCCGGCCUCUUCCUUACGCCUAUCUCCUAUAUCUCGCCUGCUAUAUAGACAGUCUCUGUUUGGUCGCUCGGCAGCCGUUUUGUUAUUAUUCUCCUCUGUCAUUCCACUAUUGCUAGCAUCAGAAAGGGCGGUUCGGGAAAAGCUAUCUCAUCAAGGGAAGGUUGUGUCCCUCUCCCCGCAUCUUUUCUUUCUCUCUUCUUUUUUUUGUCUCCUUUUCUCUGCUCUAGCUCCUUUCUUCCCUUUGUCCAUCAUCCAUGUUCCGUAUUCUUUUUUCAUAUUUGCUGUAUAUGAUGGUUUUGAAUCUAGCACCGACAGACACCCCAGUGAACGGCUGGUUUCUUGGGGGUGGAGGGUGAGGGGAUGAUAAUUGGAAGUACAAUGCGAGACUAUGCGAGAAUAUUGCGAUGCCUGCUGUGUGCCAUGGGGCUGCUGA